UUUCCCAACAAUAUCUAAUGGCUUAUUCCUUCAGUUCUCUUAGCUUUUCUCACCCACAAACAGAAUCUACUUGUUGGCUUUAUUCUCCUUGUUGCUUUUAUAUUUCUCUUUGGCUUCAAGCUUUUCUUUGUAUCCCUCACCAACUAGCUAGAUAUGGGGAACUGUCUUUCCAUCAAGGAUGUCUCCAAGAAAAGAAAAACUUUGCCUAUAGAAACCUCCUUCAAGCUUCCAUCUUCAUUGCCGAAAUGGCCACCAGGUGAAGGUUUUGGAAAUGGAACUAUUGACCUUGGUGGAUUACAAGUGUGCCAAAUAUCAUCUCUUAACAAAGUUUGGUCCACUCAAGAAGGGGGACCAGAUAAUGUUGGUGCUUCUUUCUUUGAACCUUCACAAAUCCCACAAGGAUUCUUUAUGUUGGGUUGUUAUUGCCAAUCCAACAGCAGGCCGCUUUAUGGUUGGGUUCUUGCAGGAAAAGAUGAUGCGGGUGGAGCCUUAGAGAAACCAAUUGAUUACACUCUAGUUUGGAGCAGUGAGUCAUUGAAAAUCAAGCAAGAUUCCAUUGGCUACAUCUGGUUACCAACAGCUCCUGAUGGUUACAGAGCUGUUGGCCUUGUUGUUACCAGUUCUCCUGAGAAACCUUCCUUGGACAAAAUGCGAUGCGUUCGAUCAGACUUAACCGAUCAAUGCGAGAAAGACAUUUGGGUUUGGGGACCAGAAAAGCAAAGUGAUCCAAAUGGUUUCAAUGUUUUUAGUUUGAGGCCUAGCAAUAGAGGGACACAAGCUAUGGGUGUUUGUGUAGGCACUUUUGUUGCCCAAAAUGGCAAUGAUAACAAUCCUGCUUCAUUAGUUUGCUUAAAGAAUGUGAGCAAUAAUUUAUCUUGCAUGCCUAAUGAAAACCAAAUUCAGGCAAUUUUUCAGGCAUACUCUCCAUGGAUAUAUUUUCAUCCUGACGAAGAGUACCUUCCAUCUUCUGUCAGUUGGUACUUUAACAAUGGAGCAUUGUUAUAUAAGCAAGGAGAAGAAUCCAACCCUGUCAAAGUUGAAACAAACGGCUCGAACCUUCCUCAAGGCGGUGCAAAUGAUGGUGUAUACUGGCUAGACCUUCCUGUAGACGAAAAGGCUAAAGACAGAGUCAAGAAAGGUGAUUUACAAGAAACUGAAGUGUAUCUACAUAUCAAACCAAUGUUCGGAGCAACAUUCACAGACAUUGUUAUUUGGGUUUUCUGUCCUUUUAAUGGUCCUGCCAAGGCUAAGAUUGAGUUUCUCAAUGUACCAUUAGGAAAGAUAGGAGAACAUGUUGGCGACUGGGAGCAUGUGACAUUAAGAGUUAGCAAUUUUAAUAGCGAGCUAUGGAGCGUGUACUUCUCUGAACACAGUGGAGGUUCUUGGAUCAAUGCGUCACAGCUUGAGUUUCAAAGUGGUAACAAAUUCGUUGGCUACUCAUCAUUGCACGGCCAUGCCAUGUACUCAAAACCAGGUCUAGUUUUACAAGGAAAUAAUGGGAUAGGAAUAAGGAAUGAUACUGCAAAAAGUGGGAAGAUUUUGGAUACUGGAGCCAAGUUUUCAGUGGUUGCAGCUGAGUAUUUAGGCAUGACUAUUAUUGAGCCACCAUGGAUUAACUUCUUCAGGAAAUGGGGUCCAAAAAUUAGUUAUAAUAUUGCGGAUGAGAUCAAGAAAAUUGAGAAAAUAUUGCCUGGAAAACUGAAAUCUGCUUUUGAAAAAGUUGUCAAUGGCCUGCCAAGUGAAGUUCUUGGCGAAGAAGGGCCUACGGGUCCUAAAGUGAAAGGAAAUUGGACUGGAGAUGAAUCUUGAAUUAUACUUGACAAAUACAUGUGGCUCACUAUUUUCCUUUUUAAACACGGUGAAUUAAUAAAUCUAAUCGUUCGGAAUUGCAUAAUAUUUCAUGUGACAACAAGUACGUUAGAAGAUAAAUUCACAUAGAAAUAAUGUCUACGAUUCUACAUUGAUGUUUAGAUGUAUUAGCAUUACAAAUCAUAUCAUUAUGAAAUAAUAGUAUGUAAUGGAAGAGGAAAGUUGGAGAAGCUCUUGGCUACAACAGCCCUUAUCCUGUGACGCCUUCUCUGUGCCAGGCACUGUUGUUUAUGGUUUCAGGAAUGCAGCAAUCAGUUGAAAGUUCAA